AGAGAUUGCAAUGAGUCAAUAACUGUUUCAAUUCGUAUCUAACUAUAUAUCCCUGAAAUAGUAUUAAGAGAGAGGAAAAGGAAAUCAAAGUCAUAUCCCAUAUUUUAUGAGAUUAUUGAGAUGUCAGCGAGAGUGAAACAGAUAUCUCCAAAGGUAGAGGUUUUGAAUGAUGAGCGAAUGUAAGGAUAUUUGGGUAGCGAGAAUUUCUUCGUAGUGAGGAACCCACAUAACGUUUAGUGGUUUAUGUAUAUUUUGAUUAGAUUUUAGCGAUAUUUUUAUGGAUUUUUGGCAUAUUAAGUUUAGUAUAAGUAUGUGCUUUCUAUCAGAGAGUCGUGGUUCUCUUCUUUACUGCUUGGACUUGCAAGAUAUUGGAAAAAAGAAAAAAAAAAGAAAAAUGGAAAAAGAUUAUCCAGUGGGGGUGGCCUUGGAUUGAACAUUGACUUCUCCAGCUAGGAAAAUGGCUAAGGUGAGGAUUUAUGGGCUGCAUUUGUUGGUAAAUCUGUUGGGUCUCCUUAGCCUUGGAGGGGCAAGGCCACCUGGGGAACAGCCUCUCUCACAAAUUGCUAUUGAGAAGGCAACAGUUGCUCAUCAAGAAUCUACUUCUGUGAAAGCUACACCAACUCUUCUUGGAUUGCAGGGUGAAACUAGCGAAUGGGUGACUUUAACUUACAUCUCUCCUAAUGCAUCAAAUGAUGAUUGGAUUGGUGUUUUUUCUCCUGCAAAUACGUUGAAUGGUUCCACUUGUGCACCUGAUAAUGGCAGAGUUAUUCCUCCACUGCUGUGUUCUGCACCCAUCAAGUAUCAAUUUGCAAAUUAUUCCAAUCCUAACUACAAGGAUACAGGGAACGGUGCUUUGAAGCUUCAACUGAUCAACCAGCGAGGCGACUUUGCUUUUGCAUUAUUUUCUGGUGGACUCUCCAAUCCAAAGCUGAUCGCUGUCUCGAAUACUGUUACUUUUGUGAAUCCGAAUGCACCCGUUUACCCACGCUUAGCCCAAGGGAAAACAUGGAAUGAAAUGACUGUAACAUGGACAAGUGGAUAUGGGAUCAAUGAAUCAGUGCCCUUUGUUGAAUGGGGUCCCAAAGGAGAAAAUCAAAUACGUUCCCCAGCUGGAACAUUGACUUUUAGUCGUGGCAGCAUGUGUGGUGCACCAGCAAGGACAGUUGGAUGGCGUGACCCUGGUUUCAUACAUACAAGUUUUUUGAAGGAUUUGUGGCCUAACUCAAUGUAUACAUACAAGCUGGGGCAUAAAUUAUUCAAUGGCACAUAUGUUUGGAGUCAGAUAUACCAAUUUAGAGCAUCACCUUAUCCUGGUCAAGACUCGUUACAACGUGUAAUUAUUUUUGGCGAUAUGGGAAAGGCCGAGGCUGAUGGUUCCAAUGAAUUUAACAAUUACCAACCCGGCUCCCUGAACACCACUAAGCAGCUGAUUCAAGACUUAAACAAUAUUGAUAUAGUCUUACAUAUAGGAGAUACAGUUUAUGCAAAUGGAUACAUCUCACAGUGGGAUCAGUUUACUGCACAGGUCGAGCCCAUUGCAUCAACUGUGCCUUACAUGACUGGAAGUGGUAACCAUGAGCGUGACUGGCCUGGAUCAGGAUCUUUCUAUCAGAAUACAGAUUCAGGUGGAGAAUGUGGUGUCCUAGCAGAAACCAUGUUUUAUGUUCCAGCAGAGAACCGGGCCAAGUUCUGGUACUCCACAGAUUAUGGGAUGUUCCAUUUCUGCAUAGCAGACACAGAACAUGACUGGAGAGAGGGCACAGAGCAAUACAAGUUCAUUGAGAAGUGCCUGGCAUCAGCUGAUAGACAAAAGCAGCCAUGGCUUAUCUUUCUUGCACAUCGAGUACUAGGUUAUUCGUCUGGUAGCUAUUAUGCCCAAGAAGGGUCAUUUGAGGAACCAAUGGGGAGAGAAAGCCUCCAAAAACUUUGGCAGAAGUACAAGGUUGACCUGGCUUUCUAUGGACAUGUCCACAAUUAUGAAAGGACAUGUCCUAUCUAUGAGAAUGUUUGCACAAUGACGGAGAAGUCAUACUACCAGGGCACUUUGAAUGGGACCAUCCACGUAGUUGUCGGUGGGGGAGGCGCUAGCCUUGCUCAGUUCACCUCCCUCAACACUUCUUGGAGUUACUACAAAGACUACGACUAUGGAUUUGUAAAACUUACAGCAUUUGAUCAUUCAAACCUACUAUUUGAAUACAAAAAGAGCAGCGAUGGGAAGGUGUAUGACUCAUUCAAGAUUUCGCGGGAUUACCGAGACAUUUUGGCCUGUACUGUAGAUAGUUGCCCAAGUGUGACACUAGCUUCUUGAUGUACUUGUUUCUGUUGGUGAAUAAAACAAAAUAGUUUGAUGAGUGAA